AAAACAACCAUCUCUAUCUCCUAUCUCCGUCAUUCUGCGUAAUUGUAAUUCCUUCGUAUAAUUCUUGAGAAAAAAAAUUAAAUUAAAAUUGUAUGAAGCAAUAAGCAAAAAAGCGGAAAACUGCACGAACUGAAGGCGGUAAACCAAAUCGAACGAGAGCAGCAAUAAAAGCCAAAUCAGAAAACAGUAUGAAAAUGGUGUUGUCGCAGCGGCAGCGCGAGGAGCUUAACCAAGCGAUUGCCGACUAUUUGGGCUCAAAUGGGUACGCAGACUCUCUGGAGGCAUUCCGCAAGGAAGCCGAUCUCAGCUCAGAGGCAGAGAAGAAGUUUGGCGGUCUGCUCGAGAAGAAGUGGACGUCCGUCAUCCGGCUGCAGAAGAAAGUGAUGGAACUAGAGGCUAAGCUAACCGAAGCUGAAAAGGAGGUCAUCGAGGGUGCACCCACAAAGAACAAACGCACGCCCGGCGAGUGGAUACCGCGGCCACCAGAGAAAUACUCCAUGGCCGGUCAUCGGGCCAGCAUAACGAGGGUAAUCUUUCAUCCCAUUUUUGGACUUGUGGUUUCUGCAUCUGAGGAUGCCACCAUUAAGAUUUGGGAUUUCGAAACUGGCGAGUACGAGCGCAGUCUGAAGGGACACACAGACUCGGUGCAGGAUGUGGCAUUUGAUGCCCAGGGAAAGCUCUUGGCUUCCUGCAGCGCCGACUUGUCUAUUAAGUUGUGGGAUUUCCAGCAGACCUAUGAGUGCGUCAAAACCAUGCAUGGUCAUGAUCACAAUGUAUCCUCGGUGGCCUUCGUGCCUGCCGGCGAUUACGUUCUGUCCGCUUCGCGAGACCGCACCGUCAAAAUGUGGGAAGUUGCCACAGGGUACUGCGUGAAAACCUACACCGGACACAGGGAGUGGGUGCGAAUGGUGCGAGUGCACAUUGAAGGCAGUAUCUUUGCCACAUGCUCAAAUGAUCACACAAUCCGUGUUUGGCUGACGAAUUCGAGAGACUGCAAGGUUGAAUUACGCGAUCAUGAGCACACUGUGGAGUGCAUUGCAUGGGCGCCAGAAGCUGCUGCCUCGGCGAUAAACGAGGCAGCCGGAGCGGACAACAAGAAGGGUCACCACCAGGGUCCCUUCCUCGCCUCUGGCUCUCGCGACAAGACCAUUCGCAUUUGGGACGUGAGCGUCGGGCUAUGCCUAUUCACGCUGAAUGGCCAUGACAACUGGGUGCGUGGCCUGGCAUUCCAUCCGGCUGGAAAGUACCUAGUCUCGGCUAGCGACGAUAAGACCAUUCGGGUCUGGGAUUUGCGCAACAAACGAUGCAUGAAGACGCUCUAUGCGCAUCAGCAUUUCUGCACCUCCAUAGAUUUUCACAAAGCGCAUCCGUACGUCAUUAGCGGUAGCGUAGAUCAAACAGUUAAGGUCUGGGAAUGUCGUUAAAGGAAAGAAACAGUUGGCAAGGGUUCUGCUUACUUCUCAAUUUAAACAUAAAGAAAGCUAAUAUAUUAAAUCACACACCAACCAACACACACCACGCCCACGUAUGCGAGCAGUCUCAGCCACCAUAGCGGCAGUUUAUUUUCCAGGCGCUUUCUGUGUCAGCGUCCGCAUGCAAAAUGAACAUAAUUGUAUUUUAAAAGUGAAUGAAACUGGCGAAAACGAAUUAUUUAUUUAAUUGUACGACUUUCUAAAUAACUAACUACCUACCAACCUACCUAUUAUAUACAAAGUACAUAUACAUUAAUGCCUAAAUAUAUGCCUACCUAAAGUAAAGCCGUGUCGCCGCGGCCCGCGGGUCUCCUCUUUUAGCUAAAAAGUAACAGACUCCCUAGUUUGUCGUGGAAAUCGUUAAAAGCGAAAAGUAUUUACAAUUUUAUAAACAAAAUUUAUCCGACAGACAGCUGUUCCAGUGUGGCACGAUUAAUUCUUUUUUCCAUCCAUCCAUCCAUAACUUGUACCCGAGCACACCCUCACUUAUACACAAUCGAGAAAAAUUAAAUGAAGUUGACGUGUUUAAGUGUUUGAAAAACUAAGCAUAAUAGAAAAAUACGCUGAAGGCAGUUUAAGCUAAAAGGAAGAAAGUAUUUCAAGUAAUUAGAAAAGAGAAGAAAACCUUUUAAAUCACAAAGAUAAAUUUGUUAUUGAGAACUACUCGAAUUGUAUUCAGUAUGCUCUUCUUACCAUAACCGAGGUAACUUCAAUGUCGAGUUCUUUUUAUCAACUAUCCACACACAACACUAUCCAAAGCCCUGUUUUGUGUUCUUUUUUGCGAAAGGAUCUUCAACAAAAGCAAAACAAACGUCUAUCAAAAUGCUUACAAAUUAAGUUGGCUUAAGUUCAAAAUAUGAUUUACUUUUACGGUUUACAUAGUAGAAAAAUGCUGCAAAUUUAAUUUUAAUAGUUUUUAUAAGUGCAAAGGCAAAAGAUAUACAUACAUAUAUAUAUAUAUAAAAUUAUUAUACAAAUUGUGGAAAAAUCGAAAUGUUCGUAUAAAUGUAUGCAAAAUGAGCCGAAAAAUCGAUCGAACACCAAUCAUUUGAAGAACAAAUUUUUGGAUUCCAUGAAAACAAAACACUGAAAUCAAUAAAUGUUUGCUUCUUCGAGAAAACCAA